AUGAUGUACGGAUCGGAGACUUGGGCAGCACCAUCAACGGUUAUGGAGAGGCUUGACUGCACGGAACGAAAGCUGCUUAGACGGCUACUUGGCUACUUUUGGCCUAGGGUAUGUCACAAUGAAGAUCUUUACGCAGGAAUUGAUGUGGUAUACCGGCGGAUGACACGUGGAAAACAUCAACAUCUUGCACCGCCAUCGAAAGUGGCUAAAGUAAAUCGUCUUCGCUUCUUUGGUCAUAUAUUAAGGAGACCGGCAGAUCGCCUUGUUCAACGAGUUUUGAGGAGUUCGUCGGGUUCGAGCUGGAAGAAGCCACCUGGCCGAAAACGGAAGUUCUGGACUGAGGCGGUGAAAGAGGACCUGAGGACACUCGGCGUGGAGAGGCAGUUCAGGCGAGACGUAAGGUUUCGCAGAGUAUGGAAUAGCGACGAAUGGAUUGAUUCUGUGCAAGCUCUUGCAGAAGACCGAGAAGGUUGGGCAGAGCUGUGUUCAAGGACGGCACACCUCGGCGAAGAUGCGGGUAAUCGCUUCAGGCGAUGA